AUGGAUCAAUUGGUAUUAAAACCUCGGAAACCUGUGGAGGACGACGUGGAAAAUUGGGACGAUGACGAUCUCGACAUUGGGGGCGAUGAUUUCACAUUUCGAAGUGCUUCGGCAGCAACCACUGCGACAAUGGUUUCGACACGCAGAGAAUCCGUUUCUUCACGUCUAUCCAUAAGAUCGGACUUUAAUGAAGAACGACAAGUACACUUGCCGGAAGACGAUGAACGAGCCACGAACGAUGCGAUCGCGACGGCGAAAAAGGCUGGCAUACCUUUGCCGGAGAACGUACCUUCCUCAGCGUUACUGGGGGGAACAAUAAAGAGGCUUGGUGGAAGAAAACUAAGAAAAGUUAUUUCAGAUGAUUGGGAUGACGGGGAUAUCCAGGUACCGCCUGGAGAAGCCCUGAAGAUCAAGCGACAAGAUGGAUCCAAAUUUCCGGAGACGCUCCGUCAAGUGAGCGGCCCAGGAUCCCUGAGCCCACAGAAAACAUUGAUGGCUGCUCCGGUAUUCCAUACUAACCACAGGCCUGAAUUAAAAACAAAGACUGCAUCAUCAAACAUGCUUGAUCGCUAUCGAGAUGAAGACGAUGAUUUCCUUGCAGAUGGAGAGGCGACCAUAAAAGUUUCCAAGAAACGCAACGCUGUGUCUAUUAUGCCAUCCGUCACAUCACCAACGCCAGAGAAACGUACAGAAAAUGAAGAAGAUUUCGAACAAGAUUUGCAGCUCCCUUCAGAUGGAGCUUUGAAGCUCACUACUCGUAAAGAUAUCCCGAAGACCCCUCAGAGUAUCCAGGAUGAUUUUGACGAUUGGGGUGAAGGUAGUUUAGGUACUCGAUUUGGCGGAACGAAAAGAGAUGGCCGAUCCAACAGGAACUCAGAUUCAUUUGCUAUGAGCCCCAGUAUUGCUAGUUCCAUGACUGCUGAAAGCGAAGAUGAGGGUCUUGAAGGCUUAGUGUUACCAAGUGGCCCUCUCAAUUUCGAUGAUAUUCUCAAGAAGCGUCAACAGAACGAUUGGCCCGAACGCCAAGUAGAGGUAAAGCAACCAAGAAGAAGUUUGGGUGGAAAGGAUGACUUCUUGACUGGGCUUGAGCUCGGCGACGGGGACGUCUUUGAUUCGAAGAAGCUCACAUUAAAUCGUAACAUAAAGGUCAAAGCCACUAAACAACAAAGCCCAACUAGACCCAAGCCAUCUGUUUCAUUAACCUUUACGAACAAACCUGCGCCGCCUUCUACCUCCCGACUCCCUCGGCCACUUGGACAUGAACGUAUUCCAUCAUCCCUUGAACCUGUCUCGGAGAGUGGUGGACCAAUACCAAGUCGAAAUCGUAGAUCACAAUCUAGAAUGGGUCAUUCAACUCAAUCUUCAAUCAAUGGCAUUGGAAUAUCAAACGCGACAUCUUCCAACCACCCAAUACCUCCAUCAACUCCCAGGCGUCGUGAACUAGGCUCAAAAUCAUCCGCCUCAAAUUUACGCAAUGAACCCACCACGACCAGUUCGCAGCUCUUGAAGCUUAAGCGAUCAAUGCCAACCAUGAAAACUUAUCAGCCAUCGCCAGCCAAGCCAAUGCCUACACGAUACGAGAGACCACCGUCUCAGACCGAAAGUAGCAAUAGGCCACUGUCAAUGUCUCGGUCCAAGGAUCCUAUCGAAAGAGAUCGAUCGGGAGCUGAGUCCAGCAUGUCCUUUGUCAGGAAGAAUCCUGUUCCAUUUUUACCUGCUGGUGCUCCAGUCUCUCAAUCACACCAUGUUGCUGCCAAAUCAUCCCGGCAUCUUCGCCGUAACGAUUCUGAAUCCUCAACUAACAGUGCUGAUUUUCGUCCUCCAUCGAGAACAUUUUCAAGGCAAACAAUGCGAUCGCCAAGUCCGCGCAGAACUCUUAAGGGUGCUGACAUGCUUGCUCGUGAGGCUACUUUGAAGCGGCAAAUCACAAAACCUAUUCGACGGAGACAUUUUGGUGAUGGUUGUGAACUUGACGCUUUUGAUGAUCUACCUACGUCGCGAGAUGUGGAGCAAAAGUAUGUCAAAGAACCAAUUGGCCGUGGUCCGCCGAGGCAGCUUACACUUCGCAAUAAAGCUCAUCAACACAUUAUGCCCACACGAAAUGCGUCGCCUAUACCUUUGACACCAUUGACACCAGCGAAAAGUAGGACUGAACUACCGCGCUUUGCUCGCGAUACUGCUGCAAGUCGUAUGGCUCGAGAAGCGACGUCAUCUAAUCGCUCGGUCUCUGGGUCUGGAGCUCCUCUUGCUGCGCUUACAAACCAAUGGAGGGCUAAGGUUGCAGCUACCACCGGACUUAGUCCUGUUCAUGCACAAGGUUCCGUUAGAUCUAAAAAGCACAAGGUGCCUCAAAAGCCACAACUUAUUAAGCCAUUGGGAAAUGUUAAUAACCCUAGAUCUGUGAAAGGGAUGAAAUAUGACCCCAUUAAUUAUCGAUGGGAAGGUAAUGAGAUUGAAGUAUCUGCCUUUGACAUGCCGGCUUCCGCUACCUCGACAGCUUCGAUACCUGUCCAAACACCACGAGCAGCACCGCCACAAGUGUAUCGAGAGAAGGAAUGCUCGACACCUCGUCCUGCGCUCAUAACCAACAUCAAUUCUGCCCAAAAUGUCCAAGUUGUUGGUGGCAUGGUGUUUGAUCCACAGCGUAUGUGCUGGCUUAAGAUGCCUGGUGAUAGCAAAAGAGCAAAGAGCGAUUCUGGCGAUACUAUGGAUGGUUUUGAUGCACUUGAUGAGGAGGAGGAUGUUUUCAAGGAUGUUCCUGAUCUCGAAGAAAGGUCCCUCCAAAGAAUCGGAUGA